AUGCCCAACAAACAGGCAAAAGUUGAUGAGAGUGCUGAGCCGGAAACUGUUCAGCUUGAGUUGGAGGGAUUUUCUCCACAACCCGAGGAUAGAGAUGGCAUCAUUCAGUUGCUUAACCAACUCUUUCCGAAGAACUCAGGGCUGCAUUUAGGAGGUAUUGCCGACUAUAUCCUCUCGCUGGAGAAUGUGGGAACUGUCGUCAAGAACUCUUCCGAAGUCACAGAGACUGACGCUGAUGCUGCUGAUGACGAGGACGAAGAUAUCGUCUUUUCACUUACUACGGUCUUGAGCCUGACUAAGCCCUCAAUUGCCAGAUGCCCCGUCCUAGCUGAUCUCAAAAGGUUUUUACUGGAUUUGGUUAGUAAGUCAGAAAGCACUUCCUCUGAGGUAAACACCAUCAAGGCCCUUUUGGAGGACAAGGCAUCUAAAGGGUGCGCGCUGUUGUUAAACGAAAGAUUCGUCAACUUGCCACCCUCCAUUUCGGCCAAGGCCGUCGAUGCCCUCCCCGCAGAGAUUCAAAAUCUUAAGGAGGAGGAGAGACCAUCAGACCUGCUAAUUUUGACCCGCGCUCUCAAGCCCGAAAAUCUCGGCACGUUGGUCUACAUUCAACCGGAAAUGGAGAUUGUUCGUCAGGCGGCGGACGCGUCCCUGGAGACUAAGAUUACUAAUGCAUCAGACGGCGAUGAUCCAGAGACUAUAAUUUAUGUCCUCAUGGCAGUUAAAUUGUCAUCUCUGCCCGGAAUUAUUGACUCUUUGGCGGAUAUGCCAUAG